AUGGCUAGACGACACAUCGAUCCACCACAAGAUAGACGACAAAACAUUCGUGAAACAAAUCCUAACGAAAACACUGGAAUAAAUCAUAAUUUAUCCGUUGAUGAUGCAAUUCAUGACGACGUUACAUCCUUGAACAGUAUUGUUAAUAGUUGUUCUCAACCUCCUUCGAUGAAAGACAUGGAAAAAAUACAGGAUCAAAAUUGUAAAUUUAUGAUCGCCCCAAUCAAUGAUUCAAAUAAUUACCAUGAUAUAUGGAAUAUAGGUCAUAUUCGUAUGCCGUGUUCACCUCAGUAUAUGACUAACAAUGGACAGCCUAUGUGGCAACGUAUUUGUCUUGCAUUAAACCAACUCAAACAAAAAUGUGAAAAUAAAAAAGCAAAUUUUAGAGAUUUAAAAACGCCACCAUUGUUACGCCAGAAAUCAAAUUACUCACUUACAAUGUCGCAACAACAAGCUGCUUCAUUAUUAGCUUGUUCAUUUUUCUGUUUAUUUCCAACUGUUUAUGAUGAAGAAAAGCAACAUGAGAACUUUCAAGAACCAAACUUUCAUAGAUUAUAUCAAAAAGGCCCCCCAGAAAACAUUGAAAAACUCAAAUGUAUUUUAAACUACUUUCGACGUAUUACAGAAACAAUGCCUAGUGGUGUCAUUACUAUUCAACGAUAUGAAUUACCUAAAGAGUCCUAUCCAAAUUGGUCCAAUUCAAAAACAGGUCUCUCUCAAUUGUGUUUGACAAAAGAAAAAAAAAUUGAAGAUAUCAAGAAUGUAUUACAAGUUGAUUUUGCUAAUAAAUAUAUUGGUGGUGGUGUUUUAGGAUCAGGUUGUGUACAAGAAGAGAUUCGUUUUAGUAUUAGUCCUGAGAUGCUUGUUAGUCUACUUGUUUGUGAAGUAAUGAAAGAUAACGAAUGUAUAUUCUUGAUUGGUUGUGAACGAUAUUCAUCAUACACAGGUUAUGCAAAUUCAUUUCAAUUCGCUGGCGAUUAUAGAGAUACUACACCAAAAGAUAACUGGGGCCGAAAAUGGUGUCAUUUAGUAGCUAUGGAUGCAAUUUAUUUUCGUGAUCCAUCAACACAAUAUGAAAAGGAAAAUGUUGAUCGUGAAUUAAUCAAAGCUUACGCUAGCUUUCGUCCAUUGGAAAAAGAGCCCGGUUUUGAAUUUGGUAUUGCCACUGGAAACUGGGGUUGUGGUGUAUUUAAUGGUGAUAAAGAACUGAAAGCAAUUAUUCAAUUAAUGGCUGCAUCCGAAGCUAGACGUCCACUAAUUUAUGCUGCUUUUCAUGAUGAAAAUUUAUUUUACUCAUUCAUUAAAGUUUAUGAAUAUUUGAAAGUUGAAAAAGCAACAGUUGGAAUUUUAUAUAAAUAUCUUGUGAGUUAUCCCUCUCGUCUGGAUAAACAUAAAACAUUAUUUAAUUAUAUUCUUGAAACACCUCCAUCAUCCAUUAAAUAA